AGCUAGUAUGCUAGCUAGCUUCCAGUCUAUCUUGAUUUAGCUGGCGCUGUUUGUUUACCAGUGAGUGGACUCUCCCAAACUGCAUUGCAAGUGCUGUCGUCACACCCAUAUGGUAGAUCAUAUGAUCUGAAUAAGGAAGCAAGUUUUGUGUUAGAGAAGAAGACCUAGCAUUUCGAUGGCCUCUGAGUCGACUGAAACAGGCACGGCUGAACCGAAGCUGCAGUUUGCACCUUUUUGCAGUGCCCUGGAAGCCGGCUUCUGGCAUCAGCUCACUCAGAAGAAACUCGACGACUACAGACUUGACGAAAGCCCUAAAAACAUCAAAGGUUACUACUACAAUGGUGAUCCAGUUGGCCUCCCCACCCGCCUGACUUUGGAGUUCAGUGCGUUUGAUGUAGAUGGCCCCACCCCUGCCCGCUGCUGCCCAGCUGUAGGCACCCUGUACAACAUGAACACAUUGGAGGCCUUUAAAUCAUCUGAUAAGAAAGCUCUGCUGGAGAAAGAAGCAAAGGAGAUAUGGGAUGCAGUCCAGUCCGGAGUCGCUCUGAAGGAUCCGUCCGUUCUCUGCAGAUUCAUUUUGCUGACUUUUGCGGAUUUGAAGAAAUACCACUUCUACUACUGGUUCUGCUUCCCAGCACUUUGCUUCUCUGAUCCAAUCAGGCUGCUGCAAGCGCCCACCUCACUAGAGCAGGCGUUCUCCCAUAAGCAGAUCGCAGCUUUGCAAGUGGCCUACGAUGCUCUCUGCACUGACAGUGGGACCACUGCAGUUCCCUACUUCCUGGUAAAGUACACUGCCGAGGCCGUCCAAGUGGCCUCGCUAGCCAACUGGGACACCUUCUUCACAGAUCUGAAGAAGGUAACUGUAGGCGUUUAUGAUCCAUGUUCCCUGUCUCAACAUCCUGGAUGGCCUCUGAGGAAUCUGUUGAUUCUUAUUGCAAGUCGAUGGGGAGCGCAGCUGGAUGUGGUGGAGAUUCUCUGCUUCAGGGACAGAACUCUUCAGGGCACUCGGGCCGUUCAGCACAGCAUUCUCUUUCAGGUCAAGCUUCCGGAGCUUUCCAUCCAAACAGGAUGUCCCAAGAGCGUGGGCUGGGAGAAGAACCCCAAGGGGGCCAUGGGCCCCAGGAUGGUGAACCUCAGCGAGUGCAUGGACCCCAAAAGACUCGCAGAGUCGUCUGUGGACCUGAAUCUGAAGCUGAUGCGCUGGAGGCUGGUGCCGUCUCUGGACCUGGACAAGGUGGUGUCCACCAAGUGUCUGCUGCUGGGGGCGGGAACCCUGGGCUGCAACGUGGCCAGGACUCUCAUGGGCUGGGGGGUGAGACACAUCACUUUUGUGGACAACGCCAAAAUCUCCUACUCCAACCCGGUGCGCCAGCCCCUGUAUGAGUUUGAGGACUGUCUGGCUGGGGGGAAGUCCAAGGCCAUGGCAGCAGUGGAGAAGCUGGGCAAGAUCUUCCCUGGAGUGGUGAGGACUGAUCAACAAACAAUAGGCUGGCAAUCAGAUCGGCCCAGGCGGUUGCUAAAACCGAUUGUCCGGAUCGUUAAAACCCCCCCAAAAAACUGCGCAAUAGUGACGAAUGCCGAUGUUUUGAGUGUCCACAAUGAGGACGUUUGUGCGUGGGUUUGAUCUGAUGUUGCGUACACUAUUUUGAAUUAGU